AUGGCCGAAACGGGAACCGACGAAGAAAGAAGAAUCGCGUCGACGAGUAGCAGGAUUCUUGGCGGUACAAAAUUAGCUCGUUCAACAGGGUACAGUCAACCACAGAAGCUUCCUAGUCUAGUCGUGGGCCUAGCAGUGCCGGUGCAACUCUCCGGGAGGAUUUUGGUUUACGGCCAAAACUUUCAGUUCCAAUAUAUGUUGCCAGACAACGCGACCUUCUUCACGAACUUCUUCGAGGGCUCGUCACGGCGACGUCGCAGAAACGUAAGUUGGAACGAGAGGGCUCCUGUUUACAACGUUCUGGAACAAGAACUUGACAGGAGGAACAUCGACGGAAAGAGUUGCUUGAAAAAGAACAUCUGCGAGGCUGCUGCAACACCCUUGAAAGACGAGGGUCUGCUGGGUGAAUUAUUGCAUCUUCUCCUAACUCCCGAUCACGGAGACGCAUCGACGAUGGACGAAGAAUAUUUAGAGGCUGCCGCUGCCGGAAGACGCGGGAAGAACUGCUCCAGCCUUUACUCGUCUUGUCCCGUCGGCGCUGGGAUUUUAGAUAAAAUAUCCAUCGUUUAUUAAGCCAGCUCGCAUUCGCGUUAUCAGAUUCUCCGCGUACGUUGGCCACUUCUCGCAGCCUCAGUUUCCUUCCUCGACCCAGUUGCAUCCAUCAAGCUCGCGUUACGUCAACUUUUCUUUCACAGCGGAAUAAAUCUCUUUCUGUCUUGCGUUACACACGCUGUUACGCUCGUUACGACGCGAUAAACGAGCAACCCCGCCAACAGCUUUCGUAACUUUUCCACGCGAAAUUCUCGUUAAUUAAAGGCUCUGGCUACCGUCGAAAUAAUUUUCAGCGUGGCUUAUGAAACGGGAUUCUUUGAUCCACCACGAUACGCUCCUCUCUUUUUUUAUUCUCCCUUCUACCGCGUUCAUUUUCUCGUGCUACUUGCUCCUCGAAUUUCCUCGCAUUCGAGGCACGAUUAAUCAGAGAGAAGAGGAAAAAGGAGAGGAACGAAACGCAAGGAUGCUUACCGUCAGUAUAUUUUAUACAGCCUUCCGGAUUAAGCAUGCCGCGAACAGGUGUUCGUGUAUAGGCGCGAAAUAAUUUAUUAUCAAGUGCCAGUUUCACGGUUGUUUCGACCGCGACGGGAUCGUUUCAAAGCGUCGACCAGAGCUGAAUGGAAGUCGCUUUAAUCGAAAGGUAGCCGAAGGUAGCAAUUGCCGUCUGUCGAGCCGUUCUUUCCGCGACUCAUGGGAAUUAUUUCGUCGAUUUUUCGCCCGGACGUUUCGUCUCGCUUUCAGGAAUACGGUUAAACGAAUUUGCCAAGUUUAAUGAACUGCCUUGUUUGAUAAGUACACUCGUACAACUGUACCUUGCAUGUAUCGGGAAAUAACCACUCCUACUGUUACUCGAUCGAGAAGUUUCGUCGUCGAGCAAAGAAAUCGAAACUUUUCAUCGUAUCGUACGAACAAUACGGCAAAUUUCUGACAACUUUCGAAGGAAAUGAAAACAUGU